AUGGAAAUAGAUAACCAGACGUGGGUGAGAGAAUUUAUUCUCCUUGGCUUAUCCAGUGACUGGUGCACUCAGGUAUCCCUGUUUUCCUUGUUCUUGGUCACAUACCUCAUGACAGUGCUGGGGAACUGUCUCAUUGUCCUUCUGAUCAGAUUGGACAGCCGACUCCACACUCCCAUGUAUUUCUUUCUCACCAACCUCUCCCUUGUUGAUGUCUCCUAUGCCACAAGCAUAGUCCCUCAGCUGCUGGCACAUUUUCUUGCAGAACAUAAAGUCAUCUUAUUCCAGAGCUGUGCAGCCCAGUUAUUUUUCUCCCUGGCCUUGGGUGGGAUUGAGUUUGUUCUCCUGGCAGUGAUGGCCUAUGACCGCUAUGUGGCUGUGUGUGACCCCCUGAGAUACUCGGCCAUCAUGCAUGGAGGGCUGUGUGCUAGGUUGGCUGUCACAUCCUGGGUCAGUGGCCCCAUCAACUCUCUUGUGCAGACUGCUAUCACCUUUCAGCUGCCCAUGUGCACUAACAAGUUUAUUGAUCACAUAUCCUGUGAACUCCUAGCUGUGGUCAGGCUGGCUUGUGUGGACACUUUCUCCAAUGAGGCUGCCAUCAUGGUGUCUAGCAUUGUUCUUCUGAUGACACCUUUCUGCCUGGUUCUUUUGUCCUACAUCUGGAUCAUCUCCACCAUCCUAAAGAUCCAGUCCAGAGAAGGAAGAAAGAAAGCCUUCCAUACGUGUGCCUCUCACCUCACGGUGGUUGCCCUGUGCUAUGGCAUGGCCAUUUUCACUUACAUCCAGCCCCACUCUGGUCCCUCAGUCCUUCAAGAGAAGCUGAUUUCUGUCUUCUAUGCCAUUGUUAUGCCUCUGCUGAACCCUAUGAUUUAUAGCCUAAGGAAUAAAGAGGUGAAGGGGGCCUGGUAUAAACUAUUAGAGAAAUUCUCUGGGUUAACAUCAAAGCUGGCAACUUGACUCAUGAACAUCACUUUGAGAAAAAGCUUUGCCUCAUUUUUCUCCACCCAACUCAGAUAUGGCAGGGAUAAACUAUGUUGCUCUGGCAACCAGGAAGGAGAUGAUGUAACAUGUACUGGGGAUGUUAUGUAGGAGGCUGAGUGGUUGAGUUGGAUGGGGUGUGGGAUGUAGGGAUAAUUUUAUAU